AUUCAUUGAAAUAAAAAACAUUUUUGACGAUGUUGUGGACUGCCGUUCUCGCGUUCUUAGUUGUCACAACCAAUGCAUUUAAUUUGCCUGGCGUUCCAACGGAUUUCUCUGAUUCGGACGAGGUUUUAUCUUCUAUUUCAGAUGACAUUGCGAACAAGUUUGCGGAGGAGUACAUAACAUUUUUAAAAACAAAUGUAGAGACAGCAGCAUUGCGACAAAUUUCUAAGCAACUCUCAACUUCUCAUUCCAAAAAGGAUUUAUUCACACAAAGCACCGCCGAAUUAGGAGCAGCAGAUCAAUUUUUCUUAUGUACAACAUGUAGAGCAUCUUUAAAUGUCCUUACAAAAAUGUUUCUUAGCCCUGAUGGAGAAUUAAAUGGUCCGAAUGCAGAAGAUGACACUAAAAAGGUAUUUCUCGACGUUUGUAAGCGACUUGAUCUACAAACCGAAGAAGUGUGUUCUGGACUUUUUGACUUAAACUACCAUAGUUUGAUUUACAUAUUGCAAAAUACAGUAGCUGAUACCCGGACAAUGUGCGGUACUUUACCUAUAAGGUUUUGUCAAGUAAAACAUGAGAAGUUUGAAUGGAGCUUGAAUGUUGAUUCAACUGGCCCAGUUAUAACCGGACCAAAAGACGAAUUUCCAAAUAAAAGCGAUCAAGACUUAAAAAUUCUUCAUUUAACAGAUAUACAUUUCGAUCCUGAAUAUAAGAGUGGAUCAUUAGCUGAAUGUCCGGAACCUCUUUGUUGUCGAAAUACUCCUGAAAAUAUUGACGUUGAUAAACAGGCUGGAUAUUGGAGUGAUUACCGAGAUUGUGACUCCCCUUUGCAUAUGAUUGAGGAUGCAUUCGAUCACAUUAAAGAGACUCAUGAAGUUAUCACUUAUAUAUAUCACACUGGCGAUAUUGUUCCACAUAAUGUGUGGUCUACAACUAAGGAUGGAAAUCAGGAAAUGAUAACAAAAAUUAGUCAAUUGAUUUAUUCUAAAUUUCCUGAAAUUCCUGUAUACCCUUGUAUCGGAAAUCAUGAGCCACAUCCAACAAACGUUUUUGGCAACGAGUUAUCACCAAAUGAAUUUAGUGUUAAAUGGUUGUAUGAGCAUCUCUAUACUGUUUGGAGUAAAUGGCUUCCUGACGAAACAAAAGAAACGAUACUUAAAGGUGGCUAUUACACUCUUUCUCCAAGCAAAGGCCUUAGAAUAAUCUCCUUAAAUAAUAAUGACUGUUAUUUAUUUAAUUGGUGGAUCUAUUUCGAUGGCAGUUAUGCAACGGAGCAAUUAAACUGGCUACAUGAAACUUUGUUAGCAGCUGAAAAGGCUAACGAAUAUGUACAUAUAUUAGCGCAUAUACCAUCCGGUGACUCUGAUUGUUGGACUGUGUGGUCGAGAGAGUACAAUCGCAUCAUUGAACGUUUUAGUCAUAUUAUCGGAGGAAUUUUUAACGGUCAUACUCAUAAAAAUGAAAUAAAUGUUCAUUAUACUGCUGAUAAUCACGCCAUUGGAUUAUCUUGGAACGGUGGUAGUUUAACAAGUUACUCUUAUAAAAAUCCAAAUUACAAAAUAUAUGACGUCGACCCUAUCAAAUUGCAAGUCGUCGAUGAAGAAACGUGGAUUUUUAAUCUAACUGAAGCAAAUGUGUUUGGCGCUGAAAAAAAACCUGUCUGGUAUAAGGCAUAUCAGUUUUCCAAAGAAUUUACAAAUGAUCUUAGUCCAGCUGGUAUUGAUGCAUUAUUAGAAAAGUUUGCAGAAAAUCCGGAACUACUUCGUAAGUAUUGGCAGCAUAAAAUAACUUUAGGAGAUCCAUCCUUGCAAAAAGGUUGCGAUAAUAAGUGCCUAAUGACAACUAUUUGUCGCCUUGCUACAACUUCUUAUCACAACAAGACUCGCUGUAAGGCUUUACAAUCUAAGCUGGAACAAACUCUCACAUCCGAAACUACUCCAGCACCAACAACGAAACGGCCUACCGGAGAGGAUGAUGGCGCCGCUUCGCUAAUUGCUUUAAGUCUAACGACUAUUUUGGUUGUGUGCCUUUCUGUAAGAUAUAUUGUGUAGUAGUAUUCUCUUGAAUGAGUAGUAGUAUUGAACUAGUGCCAAAAACAAAAAUCAACAAAUAUGUUCAAUACAUGUAAAUUGUAGUAAUGUUUAUAUAUCUAAAAA